AUGCUAGCAACCGGCUCAAACGCCGGCGGCAUCGCCAUCUACUGGGGCCAAAACGGCCCCGCGGAGGGCACGUUGGCCCAGACCUGCGCCACAGGGAAUUACCAGUUCGUCAACAUAGCCUUCCUGCCCGUUUUCGGGCAGGGUCGUCGCGCCCCUGCCCUGGACCUCUCGGGCCACUGCGACCCUAGUUCGACAGGGGGUUGCAGUGGACUGUCCUCCGACAUCCGGUCGUGCCAAUCGAGAGGAACAAAAGUGUUCCUCUCGAUCGGCGGCGGGGCGGGGAGGUACUCCCUGUCCUCCACCGUGGACGCCAGGCGGUUCGCGAUUUAUCUCUUCAACAGCUUCCUGGGCGGCGGGAGGCAGCCGGCUUCCGUGGUGGCCUCCCGCCGCCCGCUCGGUCCGGCCGUGCUCGAUGGGAUCGAUUUCGACAUCGAGCUCGGCUCGAACAGGCACUACGACGAGCUGGCGAGAUUUCUCUCCCAGUUGGGCGGUCGGGGGAGGAAUCGAGUUUACUUAUCCGCGGCUCCGCAGUGCCCGUUCCCCGACGUGAUGAUGGGCGGCGCGCUGCAGACGGGUCUGUUCGACUACGUGUGGGUUCAGUUUUACAACAAUCCGCAGUGUGAGUUUAAGCCGAGCGGUGGGGGGGUGAAGGAUCUGGUGGACGCGUGGAAGAAAUGGAAUGGGAUUCCGGCGGGAGAGAUAUUUUUGGGUCUCCCGGCGUCUCGGAGCGCGGCCGGCAGUGGGUUCGUUGCGGCGGGUGAUCUUGUGUCCGAGGUUCUUCCGGUGAUCAAACGGUCGCCCAAGUACGGCGGGAUAAUGCUGUGGUCCAAGUUCUAUGAUGACCAAACUGGGUAUAGCCGCGCCGUCAGGUCUCGGGUGUAA